AUGGUGGAGCAGGAGGUGCCCAGACCUGCCGGCAGCUGGCCUGAGGCGGGUUCUCCGAUGGACACAGCCCCUCGAUUGGCCCCCGCCGACGCCUACGCUGGGGACGCAGCAGGGUCCCGUCCCUCGGCUUUAUGGCUGAAGCCCCUCGGUGCCCACGAGACACUGUACUGUGGACGUGGGCACAGUCCUCUGCCCCCGCCCCAGGGUGAAGAGCACAUCCACGUCCUGGCGGGGGCCAAAGCGGACAGCUCACUGCUGACGGAGAGCAGCCCUUCUGAGGCCGACCAGCCGGACUACAUCCUCGUGGCCGAUUACUGCACCCAGCAAAACCCCAGGGCGGUCCACAAGCAGCGGCAGUUCCUGGAGGACCUGAAAGGAAAGGGCUUUCAUUACAAGGUGAAAAUGGACCAGGAGAAGGUGUUCUUUGCGAUCAGAGCCGACAGCAGGGUCUUCAGCCUGUACCGUACUCUCCUCAUGGAGCCCGAGGGUCCAGCCUCCAAAGUGGAGCCAGCCGGGCACACGGACGUCCUAGCCACCACCAGGAUCCGAAUCGUCAGCUUCAUUCUGAACAGCAGGACGGCGGCUGGCGACACGUUCCAGGGCCUGGUGCAGGACGGGGUCUUCGAGGCGAUGUUCCCUUUGCACAAGGAGGAGCAUGCUCUGCAGAAGAAGUGGGCCCGGUGGAGAAACUUGUUCUGCAAGCAGCCCAUUGAUGAUAUCAGGGACUACUUCGGCGAGAAGGUGGCCCUGUACUUCGCCUGGCUGGGCUGGUACACCUACAUGCUGGUGCCAGCCGCCCUGAUCGGCCUCGUCAUCUUCCUCAGCGGCUUCUCCCUGUUCAAUUGCAGCCAGAUCAGCAAGGAGAUCUGUGAGGCCCACGACAUCUUCAUGUGCCCGCGCGGCGACCAUAGCCGCAGGUACCAGCGCCUCUCGGACACCUGCACCUUUGCUAAGCUCACCCACCUCUUUGACAACGAGGGCACUGUGGUGUUUGCCAUCCUCAUGGCUCUGUGGGCCACAGUGUUUCUGGAGUUCUGGAAGCGGCAGCGAGCGCGCGUGGUCCUGCACUGGGACCUGUACGGGUGGGACGAGGACCAGGAAGAAGUGGCGCUGGAGCUCAUGAACUGCCCCGACUACAAGCUGCAGCUGCACAGGCACUCCUACCUGAGGAGCACCGUCAUCCUGGUCCUGUCGCUGGUCAUGAUCUGCAUCAUGAUUGGCAUGGCCCACCUCCUGGUCGUCUACCGCGUCCUGGCCUCUGCCAUCUUCAGCAGGUCGGCCUGGCCCUUCCUGGAAGAGCAGGUGACCACGGCCGUGGUGGUGACCGGGGCCCUGGUGCACUAUGUGACCAUCCUCGUCAUGACCAAGGUCAACAAGUAUGCGGCCCUGAAGCUUUGUGACUUCGAGAAGCCCAGGACCUUCUCGGAGCGAGAGAGCAAGUUCACGGUCAAGUUCUUCACCCUGCAGUUCUUCGCGCACUUCUCCUCGCUGGUUUACGUGGCCUUCAUCCUGGGCAGGAUCAACGGCCACCCCGGGAAGUCUGUGCGCCUGGCGGGCUUGUGGAAGCUGGAGGAGUGCCACCUCAGCGGCUGCAUGAUGGACCUGUUCGUGCAAAUGGCCAUCAUCAUGGGGCUGAAGCAGACGCUCAGCAACUGCGCGGAGUACCUGGGCCCGUGGCUGGCUCUCAAGUACCGCUCGAUGCGGGGCCGCCUGUCCCACGACCCCGAGCUCAAAGACUGGCAGCGCAACUACCGCCUGAACCCGGUGGACACCUUCAGCCUGUUCGACGAGUUCAUGGAGAUGAUGAUCCAGUACGGCUUCACCACCAUCUUCGUGGCCGCCUUCCCGCUCGCCCCGCUGCUCGCGUUCUUCAGCAACGUCAUAGAGAUCCGCCUGGACGCCGUCAAGAUGGUCCGGCUGCAGCGGCGCCUGGUGCCACGCAAGGCCAAGGACAUCGGGACCUGGCUGUACGUGCUGGAGACCAUCGGCGUGCUGGCGGUCAUCGCCAACGGGAUGGUCAUCGCCUUCACCUCCGAGUUCAUCCCCAGAGUGGUGUACAAGUACCGCUAUGGCCCGUGCCAACACGGCGCCCACCCUUCAGUGGACUGCCUCACCGGCUACAUCAACCACAGCCUGUCCGUGUUCCACACCAGGGACUUCAGAGACCACGUCGAGGCAGAGGGUUCAGAGAACAUCACUGAAUGCAGGUACCGGGACUACCGCAACGCUCAGGACUACAACCUAUCGGAGCAGUUCUGGUUCCUCCUGGCCAUCCGCCUGGCCUUCCUCAUCCUCUUUGAGCACGUGGCCUUGUGCAUCAAGCUCGUGGCUGCCUGGUUCGUGCCUGACGUCCCUCAAUCGGUGAAGAACAACGUUCUGCGGGUCAAGUACAAGAUGCUUCAGGACAGGAUGCUGCGAGGGGGCCUGAGGCCGCUGAGGGAGCCCAGCCUGGGCCCCUGGCCCUUCCCCCAUGCCCCUCCCGCCUCCAGCACCAGCACCAGGAGCACCGAUGUGUAA